UAUUGUGAAAGAAAAAAGUUGCCUAAUUUCUUCAUGUAGACCGGCAAAGUUUACAGCAGUGAUCGGAUCAAGGUAGUUUUUUUUUUUUACAUUACGUCUUGGCAUGGAAAUCCCAGCUAUUAAUCUAAAGGCAAUAGUACUAGUUCACUGGCUGCUUACAGUAUGGGGUAGUAUGGCGUGGCUUCCCCAUUCAUAUGCAUGGGGAAACUUCACUGUCUUGGCUAUCGGGGUGUGGGCCAUUGCACACAGGGACUCUAUUGAUGCAGUGCUUAUGUUUUUAAUAGGGACUGCUGUGACAAUAUUGACAGACAUUGUCCAUAUUGGAAUUUAUUACCCCUCACAUGAUCUGGUGAUCCCAGAUGUGGUUCGUUUCAGUGCAGGGAUGGCUAUCCUCAACCUGCUGCUCAAGCCUGCAUCAUGUUUUUUUGUCUAUCAGAUGUAUAAAGAGAGAGGAGGGGACUACAAUGUCAACUUUGGUUUUCCCACAGUAUCAAGAAACCGAGAUGCUUACCAAUCCAUAGACCAGCAGGACCAACAGUCUGCAAGCCCAGCCAAUCCCUUCAACCAGGCCCAAGAGAAACCCACCCGAGCAUACUAAAAAUGCAUUUACAGUAGCACAUAUCGUAUCAAUCUUUUUGAUAUGUUUCAAUUUUACUACCUGGUAAAUUCUGUUACUUGAAGAUGAUGGUACUGAAAAGUUUGGGGAUACACUGGUCAAGAAUGCUGUUACGAUUAGUUACACUUUCAGAUUGUUGUGCUAAAAUUGUUCACAUUUGUAUUUGCCUAAGUUGCUUGAAUUCAAGCACUAAUUUCGACGAGUUCCUGCUUCACUAUAGUACAUACUGCUCCGAUUUCUCCAUUUAUUUUUUAUGCAGCAUUAGUAAGGCGUGUACUUAUAGAAGACAUUCCUUUUAGAAUUGUGAAAACAGGCUAUACUCCUAUGCCUUAAGUGCCAUAUUUCAGGCAACACACAUAAACACAUAAAAAAUAUUAAAAACUAAACGAAGUAGAGACUGUUCAUUCUAAAACACAGAUUGUUCCAAUAUGCUUAUCAGUACUGUGCGUACAUUUUAGUAUUACAGUUUAUUUUUCCUUUCCUUUUCUUUCUUUUUUUUUUUCCAAAGGUAGGCUCCUCUUUUGCUUUGACACAUAUUUUGCUCUUGUAAUUUCACCUUGGUCAUAUAUACAUUUGAUUUCAUAUUGCCAGCUACUGGUUAAGUUAAAAUUACUGUUGCAUUGUAUAUUUUAUUGUAUGUUCUGUCCUUGGUUGAAUCAUUCUUGCUGGAGCAUAUAUGUGUGAGGGCUGUUGAUGUGCAUGUGCAGUGCAAGGUCCUUACAGGAGAAUAUGUUGGCUUAGGUUGUUCUGAAUGGAUGAAUGAAUAAAUAUGCCAGAGGCCA